AUGGGACUGUUCUACAGCAAAAGUGAGACAGAACCCUCUCCAUGCAACUUGCUUACUGUAAAAGUCAUACAGAUGAAAAAUGCCAGGAAAGCAGACUUGUUAACUCAGUCUGAUUGCUAUGUGAGCCUGAGCCUGCCAACAGCUUCAGUGCAGCAUUUCCGCACCAAGACAGUCCAGAACAGCAAGAAUCCAACAUGGAAUGAAACCUUCCACUUCACAAUUCAGAGCCAGGUUAAGAACAUUCUGGAACUAAAAGUUUGUGAUGAGGACAAUGUAACUCAAGAUGACCAUCUCCUCACUGUAUUCUUUGAUGUCUCCAAAAUCCAGCUUGGGGAAAACAUUCAGCUAAGUUUCCAGUUGAAUCCACAGGGAAAAGAGGAGCUGGAGGUUGAAUUCACAAUGGAGAGCAGUCCAGAUCCUCCUGAAAACAUUGUUACUAAUGGAGUUUUAGUGUCCCGUGAAGUUUCCUGUUUGGAGGUGCAGGUGAACGGUGGGAGGAUGAGGAAGGACACUAUGGAGAGAAAGUUUGCGUUAACCGUAGACGGGUCAUAUGAAGGAACCCAGACCCACACACUGAGCUCCUGUCUCUGCCCGACCUCCCCGGCCAGGUUCCACUACAUCAAGUACAGUCAGUCGGCGCUCACUGUGGCUCUACCACGGCGGAGGCAUCUCAGCAGGUCUACAUCAAGUCAAAAUGAAAGGGAUAUGAACGAGUCUGUGACUCUACCGCUAAACUCACUUCCUAUACAAGAGAAAAUAACAAUAGCAGAGGACAGGACAAUUGACUUGUACACAAAGGCAAAUGAAUGGACUCAGGGUCUGUGUUUCUGGCCAAGAAACCUAGAUGCCCGCUUGGGGUUCGACCUCUGCACUGAUGAACAGAAUUUCCUGCAAAACCGGAGGAAGGUGGUUGCUGCUGCACUAAAGGAUGUUCUUCAUUUGGAGGAAGAUCUGCAAGAGCAUGAGGUGCCUAUAGUGGCUGUGACCACAGCAGGAUGUGGGAUAAGAGCACUUACUGGCAUGUAUGGCAGCAUUUUGGGCCUUCAAAAGUUGCGUGUUCUGGAUUGUAUUUCGUACAUCAGUGGCUCAUCUGGCACAACAUGGACAAUGACAAAGCUAUAUGAAGAUGCUGAUUGGUCACGUAAGGAUCUCGGAGAAAUAAUUAUUGAAGCACGGAAGCAAGCAGCCAAGUGCAAGAUGGGGGCUUUUUGCUUGAAAAGUCUAAGGAAUUAUUACAGAGAGCUGAGCCAAAGGACCCAAGCAGGACAUAAAACCUCUUUUAUUGAUCUGUGGGGGCUCAUGAUUGAAUCCAUGUUGAAUGAUGGGAAAAGCCACCAUAGACUUUCUGAUCAACGUCAGGCAGUGAAUCAAGGUCAGAACCCUCUGCCCAUCUACCUCGCCCUGAAUGUCAAGGACAAAGUUGCCACCAAAGAUUUUAGAGAGUGGGUGGAGUUCACACCAUACGAGGUGGGCUUCCUGAAGUAUGGCGCCUUCAUUCGUGCAGAGGAUUUUGGCAGUGAGUUCUUCAUGGGGCGCCUGAUGAAGAAGCUCCCUGAGUCCCGAAUCUGUUUCAUGCAAGGAAUGUGGAGUAGUAUCUUCUCCAAAAACCUCUUGGAUGCCUGGCACGCAGCUGACAAUUCAGAGGACUUCUGGCACAGGUGGACCCAAGACAAAGUGACUGAAAUAGAGGAACAACCAGACUUGCCUGAGAAGCCAUAUGAGAUGGCCACAUGCGUUUUCACUCCUACGAGCGGCCUCUCCACAACUCUCCGGGAUAUCCUGACAGAUCGCCCUGCUGUCUCCAAGUACCACAACUUCCUAAGAGGCCUCCAGAUGCACAAUGAGUAUAUCCAGCAUGAACAUUUCACAAAAUGGAAAGACACUUUGCUAGACACCUGUCCUAAUGACCUGAGAGGCAACUCAGAACACUUGGAGCUGGUGGAUGCAGCUUUCUUCUUUGAAACCAGUUACCCACCCCUUAUGAGACCAGAGCGGAAAGUGGAUGUCAUCAUACACUUAAAUUACACAGGGGGAUCACAGACUUUGCCCCUGGAGCAGGCUUGCACGUACUUCGCAGAGCAGGGAAUUCCAUUUCCCUGCAUUGGACUGAAGGAUGACGAGAAGAACCUGAAAGAGUGUUACAUGUUUGAUGGUGCAGACACCCCAGGAGCUCCUCUGCUGCUUUAUUUUCCAUUAGUGAAUGAUACCUUUCAAAGAUAUGUAGCACCUGGCAUGUCACGCACUGCUGCUGAAAUGGAACAGGGCAAGGUUGAUAUCUCCAGUUUCUGCUCUCCAUACUCAACCAGAGAGGUCUCACUGAAAGCAGAAGAUUUUAACAAGCUCCUGAAGCUGACUAAUUACAACAUCAUGAAUAAUGAGAACAUGAUUCUUCAGGCCUUGCGCAUGGCUGUGGCACGGAAGAAACAAGCCCUUAGCCAGCCAGUAUCACAAGCACAGCCCUCUGCUUGA